AUGCCAGACACAAUGGCUUUGGUCAAUCCAGCUUCAGCUUCAGCUCCCACGAGCUCAGAUAUCCCCACUUAUCACCAAGUUCCAGAAACUUCUUAUGAAUUGGACUGGGCGGAUCUUGCGACGCUCGACCUAUCGAUUUUUGAUCAGCCUGGGGGCAAGCAACAGCUGGCCAGCCAGCUCAAUGAUGCCAUCCAAAACAUUGGCUUUUUCUACAUUGUAAAUUUCGGAUUAACGCAAGAAGAGGUCGACCGCCAAUUCUCAAUCGGGCAGCAAAUAUUCAAUCUGCCUCUAGAAGAGAAACUCAAGUAUCGCGCGGAACUUGAAAGCGGUGGCUACAAUGGAUACAAGCCAAUGGGUCUCCGUGAGCUCGCCCCUGGCCAGUUCGACAAGACGGAGAUCUUCAACAUCCCAAAGUUUAUUCCCGAAUUCGAACGGCCGCAGCCAAGGAUCGUCACUGACAAUCGGCCGGAGAUCGAGCUCUUUGCUCGUCAUAUUCAUAACGAGAUUGUGCGGAAACUUCUCAUUCUGCUGGCGAUUAUCCUCGAAUUGCCCGAAGACUACUUCCUCAAGGUCCAUCGGUACGAGGAGAGGAGCGACUGUCAUCUGCGCUAUAUGAAGUAUCACCCUCGCACGGAUGAAGAAAAUGAGAAGCUAGGGAAUAUCUGGUCCAAGGGCCACACCGACUUUGGCAGUCUGACCCUCUUAUUCCGCCAACCGGUUGCAGCGCUGCAGGUCCGAACCCCCCGAGGAGAAUGGAAAUGGGUGAAGCCAUAUCCGGGGAGUAUCACCGUGAAUCUCGCCGAUUCGCUGCAGUUCCUCACCAACGGGUUCUUGAAAAGCAGCAUCCACCGCGUGGUUACCCCGCCGCCAGACCAGCGGAACGUGGCUCGCCUGGGGCUGUUAUAUUUUGUUCGGCCGGAAGAUAGUCUGGAGUUGCGACCGAUAGCCAGUGAGGUCCUCAAUCGGCUGGGGUACAGCCAGUCCACCGACAACAGCGCCGUCGGGGUCACCGCGGGCGAAUGGGUGAAGGCUCGAGUCGCCAAGGGUGUCAACAAGGGGCCUGCCCGCGGCGAGGUAGGAGAACAGCCUAUCAUUGGUGGUGUUGUGGCAAAAUACUACGAUUAG